UUCCCACAGGUGGCUGCGCUGGAGAGGCAGAUCUUUGACUUCCUGGGCUACCAAUGGGCUCCUAUCCUAGCCAACUUCCUGCACAUCAUGGCGGUCAUCCUGGGCAUCUUUGGCACGGUGCAGUACCGCUCCCGGUACCUCAUUCUGUAUGCAGCCUGGCUGGUGCUCUGGGUUGGCUGGAAUGCAUUUAUCAUCUGCUUCUACCUGGAGGUUGGACAGCUGUCCCAGGACCGGGACUUCAUCAUGACCUUCAACACAUCCCUGCACCGCUCCUGGUGGAUGGAGAACGGGCCAGGCUGCCUGGUGACACCUGUCCUGAACUCCCGCCUGGCCCUGGAAGACCACCAUGUCAUCUCUGUCACUGGCUGCCUGCUCGACUAUCCCUACAUUGAAGCCCUCAGCAGCGCCCUGCAGAUCUUCCUGGCUCUGUUCGGCUUUGUGUUCGCCUGCUACGUGAGCAAAGUGUUCCUGGAGGAAGAGGACAGCUUUGACUUCAUCGGCGGUUUUGACUCCUACGGAUACCAGGCGCCCCAGAAGACGUCGCAUUUACAGCUGCAGCCUCUGUACACGUCGGGGUAGCUUCAGCCCCACGCCCACCCCGGUGCCGUGCCGAGUGCUUUGUGCUAAACUGACAGCUGCUGCCAUGAGCUCGGGCCAAAAUGGCAGGCGCGCCCCCUGGUGGCUGGCGGGCUGACUGCAGCUUGCGCGGCUCGAGCUGGUCUGCCUCGGACUUGGACUUGGCCCUUUGCAGCCUGGACUUCAGGGAUGGGGCGGGGCGGGGCGGGGUGAGGGAGGGGAAUCUCGGGGUUUGUAUUUUUUUUAAUAUCAGCCUUGGCGUGCGCCGGGGCCUCCCUCCCUUUUCCAGCCUCUCUCUUUCAACCUUCACUCCGCAUCCUGUUCACUGUCCAGAGAGUAGAGGCAGGAUGGACAGACUCACCCCACCUCACCACACUCAUGCACACCGUGAGCUAGGAGCAGGAGUCCUGGGUUCUAAUCGCAGCUCCAUCACUGAUUCUCUGUGUGACGUCUGGCCAAGCCCUUGCCCUCUGGUCCUCAGUUUCCCCACCUCAAAUAAUUAAAAUAAUUCCUUAGCAGGUGGAGCUCUUUCUAGCCAUCUCUCUCAGUUGACACUCAGUUCCCUGGGUUAGGCUGGUAUUAUAAUCCCCAUUUUGCAGAUAAGGAAACUGAGGCCCAGAGGUGUAGAGGCCACACAACGGGGCUUUUGGUGGAGGCAGGCCUUGAACACAGUGUACUUUCUGUAGUUUCAACCUCCAAAACCCAGUGCCUGGUCUCCACAUUCCAUUUUCAAACAAACCCCUUUCCAGCCUGGACACUCUAGAACCCAUGAGAUCCACACCAUACUUACACAUCACCGCCACCACUUGCCAGCGCCUCUCUUAAAGCAAUAUACCCGUUCUCUCGUUGGGAACUAGACAUACGGAGCCCAGAGCCCUGAAUUCAGCCUGGCCCACAGGGAAGCCUAGACUUGGCUUCUGUUCACCCUUGGCAACCCUUUCAAGCUCUCUCCAGGAAAGGGGACUCACAGUCCGGCGUCACCCCCCUUUCCAGGUGCCUAAAGCUGCUGCACCUAUGAUCCCCUAUGCUCUCAGCAACUCCACCUGACCGGUUGGAAGACCUGUGAUUUAAGAGUGGAAAAGGGCUGGUCCGCUCUAGCUGGUCACCAGUGCUCACAGAUCACUAGCGCUUACGACUACUCCAAUGUCCUGGAGUUCUGAAGAGGUAGAGUGGGGGUGUGGGGUCAGGAGGCCCAGCACACUUCCUUGAGAGCAAGUAGAGAUGAGAGCUCAUUCAAUUCCCCACCUCCCCCCACAGGCCAGAGCAGCCUGCAUCCUGUGCCCUGGCUGGUGAGUCCAAGGGCAGGAGAAUCAGGCCUCAGCCUCGCAGCCUGUGAAAUUGGAGUGGCCCUGGGUAAGGAAGGGUGGGAGGCCUCCGGGAGCUGGAGGGAAGUGCAGACAGUUUGCACACCUGAGCCCGUCCAUGGCGACCACUUUGUUCUAUGCUCUUCCCUCUCCAGUCUAGUAUUUCUUAUUGUCUAAAGCCAAAAUACCCUGAGCUAAAACCCCCCUCCAAGUGCAGUUCUGUGCCAAGGAACCAGCCCCAGGAGUUCCUCUGGUCACCACGGGCACCGAGGUCCCAGAUGGUCAGCCCCACUAGCUGGUGGGCACAGCUCACGAUGGGGACAGUUCCCUUGAGGCCUGACUGCUGCCCCACCACUUGGCUAACUCCUGCCUCCAGUCCUCCCUUCUCCCCCCUGCCCGCCACCCGCCCCAGCCAAUUGUCAUCUCCCCUCCCCUCCCCCACCCCCUUUCUACUCAAGGGGUUUAGCCACUGGUGCUUUGAAGCCUUUUGUUUUUAUAAGACAGUUUUUGCAAGGGGACCAAGUUCUCACUGGGACCUUGCAAGGCAGGGCAUGUUCCCCUGGUUUCUGUGCAGGUGGGUUGAUUAAAGAUGGUGUUUUCUUCUCUA